GAUGUUUAUUUAUGAACUGUUUGCUUGGAUUUCUUGCUCAACGAUUGUUGCAGGACAGUUCGUGUUUCAACCAGGAAAUGUAAUCUUAAGAAAUCUGGUAAUUGAUAACAACACUGGGGAUGUUUUUGUUGGUGGAGUGAACUAUAUUUAUAAACUGAACAAAAAUUUGACACAACUUAAGAAUGUGUCUACACCAUGCCUUGUAGAAAAAUGCAAGCCAGGUGAAACUGUGAAUCCUAAUGCGAAUCAACUUUUGAUGAUUGAGAAUUUAACAGGUACUCCGAGAUUGUUUGCAUGUGGAACAUACAUUUUUGGUACAUGUGUAACAUAUGAUAUGAACUCAUUUUCAUAUACUGUGCUUGACAAUACUAUUGGCGCUGUUUCAAAUAUUCAAAAUUAUAGCAGUAUCGCGCUAGAAGAUCAAUCUAAUAAUGGAAUCCUUAUUGCUAGCACAAGAAUUGGUGACUCUGAACAGCUACCCACAGAUUAUACUUUCACCGCUUAUUCUGAUCAGUUUGUGUGCAGUGGCACA